AUGGCUCCAGUUAGAUCAACGGCGCUUGCGCGCGACACAAAUGAGACCAGCAUUCAACUGGCAAUCAACCUCGAUGGAGGAGAGUUCCCAGCGGAUACCGAUAAGAAAUUGCUGAGUGGUGAAGAGGGACAUGCUUCCCAGGUAUCAAAAUCGCAACACAUUGCUAUCCAUACUGGAAUUGGAUUUUUGGAUCAUAUGUUGCAUGCUUUGGCAAAGCAUGCUGGUUGGAGUUUAGCGAUCAAUUGUAAAGGAGAUUUGCACAUCGAUGACCACCAUACUGCUGAAGAUGUCUGUAUCGCGCUCGGCACAUCAUUUGCAAAAGCUCUUGGAACCCCUGUAGGCAUUGCACGUUUUGGGUCCGCAUAUUGUCCUCUCGAUGAAGCGCUUUCGCGAGCCGUUGUGGAUAUUUCGAACCGUCCAUUCAGUGUCAUAGAUUUGGGACUAAAGAGGGAGAAGAUUGGAGAUUUGAGUUGUGAAAUGAUCCCACAUUGUCUGCAGAGUUUUGCACAAGGCGCAAGAAUCACAUUACAUGUGGAUUGUUUGAGGGGUGAUAACGAUCACCACAGAGCGGAGAGUGCGUUCAAGGCAUUGGCUGUGGCAGUCAGACAGGCUACUUCGAUAGUAGCGGGCAGAGAGGGUGAGGUUCCAAGUACAAAGGGUACUUUGAGCACUUGA